AUGCUGCAACUGAAGCAGCAAGUAAUAGACGAACUUAGGACACCGACUCGAGCCAUCCUCGGGCUAGAUCUGAAGAAGGUAUUCGACAAUGUGGCACACCAAACCAUACUGCACCAAAUCAGCAACCUUGACUUGGGCGAGCGGACGUACAACUAUCACGGUAGCAGAUCUAACUCCGAGAAAAUUCGGGCCUUCGUCUUCCUUGCCUUGGCCUCCUACGCCUCCGCCGCUGGAAGCCUUGGCUACGGCCUUGGCCUUAGCCACUAUGGUCUGGCUCAUGGAAUUGGCUACUCCGGCUUGACCGGCUACGGGCUCGGCUAUGCCCCUGCGGUGGCGCGCACAUACGCCGCCUAUCAUGCCGCUCCAGCUGUUGCUGCCGUUCACCAUGCCCCUGCCGUGGCUACCGUUCACCAUGCCCCUGCUGUGGCUACCGUUGCCCACGCCGCACCAGCCGUGGCAUACGCCGCUCCAGCGGUGACCAGCGUUUACCGGUCUGCGCCAGUCGUGGCUGCCGCACCAGCUGUUGCCACCGUUGCUCAUGCUGCUCCAGCUGUGACGUACGCCGCUCCAGCUGUGUCGUAUGCCGCUCCAGCUGUGUCGUAUGCCGCUCCAGCUGUGUCGUAUGCCGCCCCGGCUGUAACCAGCGUUUACCGCUCGGCUCCAGUCGUGGCCCACGCCGCUCCUGCCAUUUCCUACGCCGGUCCAACCUAUGCCAGCGUCUACCGCUCUGCUCCAGCAGUGGCCUACGCGGCUCCGGCUGUAACCAGCGUUUACCGCUCUGCUCCUGUCGUGGCCGCCGCUCCAGCUGUUGCGACCGUUGCCCAUGCCGCUCCAGCCGUGGCGUACGCUGCUCCAGCUGUCUCCAGUGUUUACCGCUCUGCUCACGUUGUGGCUGCCGCGCCGGCGGUCGCCACCGUGCACGCUGCCCCAGCGCUCGCGGCCGUCCAUGCGGCUCCCGCCGUGGCCGUGCACCACGCUCCGGCUGUUGCCACUGUUCAUCAUGCCCCGGCUUUUGCAACUUUCGCCCACCACGCCGUCCCAGCCUACGGCUACGGAGUAAGCAGCCUCGGCUACGGUGCCGGUCACUACGGAUAUGGCCACGGCCUCCUUGGCUAUGGCCUCAACUACGGCUAUGGUCUCGGCACUCCCCUCCACUACAGCGCUCUUCUCCGCAGGAAGAAGUAAACAAGACAUGUAAGCCCAACUUCAUGACGCAGUCUACUGUGAAGAGAAUUUCAGCACGGCAUGCAAGUUUCGCUCAUGAACAAAUAAAACUCUUUGCCUGCA